CAACCCAUUCACAUAUACUAAUUAACUCUCUACUCUCUAAACAACAGUGUGCACAUUACCAAAUUAUGGGAGGAGAAAAGCUCAAUUCUUUUACACAAAAUCACGAUAUUGUUCUUGAUCAUCAUGAUCUUGUUCUUGAUCAUCACGAUCUUGUUCUUGAUCAUCAUGAUGAGGCAAGCUCGAACAAGAUCAUUAAGUGUGAUGAUCCAAAUGAGUUACCUCUCUUCAUCGCUCCAAUCUUCUCCUCCUACAACGACCGAAUCCGACCCGUGCUCGACGCCGUCGACAGGCUCCGAAAUCUCGCCGUCAUGGAGGAAGGAAUUGAGCUUCCCACCAUCGUCGUCGUCGGUGACCAGUCCUCGGGCAAGUCGUCCGUCUUAGAAUCACUCGCUCGUAUCAGUCUACCCCGUGGCCAAGGCAUAUGCACAAGGGUCCCCCUCAUAAUGAGACUCCAAAACCACUCGAGUUCUCUGCCCGAGCUUUACUUGGAGUACAACAAUGGCGAAGUCAUUCACGUCGAAGAAGAUAACAUAUCUGAGGCCAUAAAUUUGGCAACAGAGGCCAUUGCCGGAGAUGGGAAAGGAAUAUCCAAGACUCCUUUGACUCUCGUGGUGAAAAAGAAAGGGGUUCCUGAUUUGACCAUGGUCGAUCUCCCUGGGAUUACUAGAGUACCUGUUCAUGGUCAGCAUGAAAAUAUCUAUGAUCAAAUCAAAGAUAUCAUAAUGGAGUAUAUUGAGCCUGAAGCGAGUAUCAUACUUAAUGUGUUGUCUGCAACUGUUGACUUUCCCACUUGUGAGUCAAUCCGAAUGUCCCAAAGCGUUGACCGAACUGGAGAGAGGACUCUGGCUGUCGUUACUAAGUCUGAUAGAGCACCAGAAGGACUGCUGGAGAAGGUAAUUGCUGACGAUGUUAACAUUGGACUUGGUUAUGUCUGUGUUAGGAAUAGGGUUGGUGAUGAAUCCUAUGAUGAGGCUCGGUUUGAAGAAGCUAAGCUUUUUCAAACACAUCCUGAGCUUUCCAAGAUCGAUAAAUCGAUUGUGGGCAUUCCUGUUUUGGCUCAGAAGCUCAUGCAGAUUCAAGCCAAGAGCAUAGCUAGAAAUUUACCUGACAUUGUCAAGAAGAUCAAUGAUAAGUUGAAUCAAAAUCUUGCGGAGUUUAGAAAGCUCCCCAAGACUAUGAACUCGGUGGCUGAGGCCAUGACCGCCUUCAUGAGAAUCAUUGGGGUGGUUAAAGAAUCACUGAGGAAAAUUCUGUUGAGAGGCGAAUUCGAUGAGUACCCAGAUGAGAAGAAGAUGCAUUGCAAAGCUAGGUUGGUUGAGAUGCUCAAUGGUUUUUCAGAUGAGCUUAUGAACUGUCCUGAGAGUGAUCGAACCAGAAACUUCUUAAUGGAUGAGAUCAAGCAUUUGGAGGAAGCGAAAGAGAUUUCUCUCCCAAAUUUCCUUCCCAGGACAGCUUUUCAUGCUCUAUUACAAGAAAAGGUAAAGGGGGUAUCUGGUGUCCCAACAGCUUUCGUGGGAAAGCUAUGGGAUUACAUAGAAGAUGUGGUGAUGACUAUCCUCAUGAGCCAUGUUGAAGACUAUCACCAGCUACAGCUCUCCACUAGAAGAGCAGGGCUUAAUCUGAUAGAGAAGAUGAAAGAAAGGUCAAUGAAGUGGGUUGUGGAGGCUGUGGAGAUGGAGAAGCUCACCGAUUACACUUGCAAUCCGGAAUUCGAAAUCGAGUGGAACAAAUUCAUGGCUCAGAAAAACACAUUCAUGUCAUGUGUGGAUAAUAGAUAUAGCACCAUAAAUAUUGAAGGGUUUGGCUCGGUUGAUGUGGCGAAUGCGAAGCAGUUUCCGCAUCUUUUGCAUCAAGCUUAUGACUUGAGGAUGAGAAUAGUUGCUUAUUGGAGAAUUGUGCUGAGAAGGUUGGUGGACUCCAUGGCUCUGCAUAUGCAGCUGAGUGUUCAUGUGCUUGUGAAUGAGGAGUUGGAGAAGGAGAUUGUGGGUGAGUUAAUGGCACCUUAUAAUGGAAAUGGGUUCGAGAGAUUGAUGGAGGAAUCACCUUCUGUUGCUGCAAAGAGACUCAAGUUGACUGCGAGUGUUAAGAAGCUUAAGGAGUGUAAAGAGAUUUUGGCCACUAUCAUGGACCGAAUUGCAACUUCCAAUUGUAGUCAAUGAGACAAUAUAUAUAUAUAUAAUAUAUUUAUAUAUUAAGGUCAACUAGUAUUAAUAUUAUGUGUGUAUGUUUUGUGGUUUUGUGUAAUAUGUUAUUGUGUGAACUUUUUUUUGUCGUUGGGUAUUGUGCGAACUUUUAUUAGCCACAUAAUGAAAGUGGGGAAUAAUUACUUUAUUUGCUU